AUGUUGAACACGAGAAUGUUUGACUCGAGAAUGUUGGAAUCGAGAAUGUUGGACUCGAAAAUGUUGGACACGAGAAUGUUGGACACGAGAAUGUUGGACACGAGAAAAUUGGACACGAGAAUAUUGGACACUCGAGAAUGUUGGACACUCGAGAAUAUUGGACUCGAGAAUGUUGGACUCGAUAAUGUUGGACUCGAUCAUGUUGGACUCGAUAAUAUUGGACACGAGAAUGUUGGACAUGAGAAUGUUGGACUUGAGACUGUUGGACACGAGAAUAAUGUUGGACACGAUAAUGUUGGACACGAUAAUGUUGGACUCGAUAAUGUUGGACUCGAGAAUGUUGGACUCGAGAAUGUUGGACUCGAGAAUGUUGGACUCGAGAAUGUUGGACUCGAGAAUGUUGGACACGAGAAUGUUGGACACGAGAAUGUUGGACACGAGAGAAUGUUGGACACUCAAGAAUGUUGGACUCGAGAAUGUUGGACACGAGAAUGUUGGACACUCAAGAAUGUUGGACUUGAGAAUGUUGGACUCGAGAAUGUUGGACACGAUAGUGUUGGACUCGAGAAUGUUGGACACGAGAUUGUUGGACACGAGAAUAUUGGACACGAGAAUAUUGAACACGAGAAUGUUGGACACGAGAAUGUUGGACUCGAAAAUGUUGGACUCGAGAAUGUUGGACUCGAGAAUGUUGAACUCGAGAAUGUUGGACUCGAAAAUGUUGGACACUCGAGAAUGUUGGACACGAGAAUUUUGGACACGAGAAUGUUGGACUCGAGAAUGUUGGACACGAGAAUGUUGGACACGAGAAUGUUGGACACGAGAGAAUGUUGGACUCGAGAAUGUUGGACUCGAGAAUGUUGGACAUUCAAGAAUGUUGGACUCGAGAAUGUUGGACUUGAGAAUAUUGGACGCGAGAAUGUUGGACACGAGAAUGUUGGACACAAGAAUGUUGGACACGAGAAUGUUGGACACUCGAGAAUGUUAUACUCGAGAAUGUUGGACUCGAGAAUGAAACACGAGAAUAAUGUUGGACACGAGAAUGUUGGACACGAGAAUGUUGGACUCGAAAAUGUUGGACACGAGAAUGUUGGACACACGAGAAUGUUCGACACGAUAAUGUUGGACUUGAGAAUGUCGGACUGGAGAAUGUUGGACUCGAGAAUGUUGGACUCGAGAAUGUUGGACUCGAGAAUGUUGGACACUCGAGAAUGUUGGACACUCGAAAAUAUUCGACACGAGAAUGUUGAACAUGAGAAUGUUGGACACGAGAAUAAUGUUGGACACGAGAAUGUUGGACUCGAGAAUGUUGGACACGAGAAUGUUGGACACGAGAAUGCUGGACUCGAAAAUGCUGGACACGAGAAUGUUGGACACACGAGAAUGUUCGAAACGAUAAUGUUGGACUUGAGAAUGUUGGACUCGAGAAUGUUGGACUCGAGAAUGUUGGACUCGAGAAUAAUGUUGGAAUCGAGAAUGUUGGACUUGAAAAUGUUGGACACGAGAAUGUUGGACACGAGAAUGUUGGACACAAGAAUACUGGACACGAGAAUAUUGGACACUCGAGAAUGUUGGACACUCGAGAAUAUUGGACUCGAGAAUGUUGGACUCGAGAAUGCUGGACUCGAUAAUGUUGGACUCGAUAAUAUUGGACACGAGAAUGUUGAACACGAGAAUGUUGAACUUGAUAAUGUUGGACACGAGAAUGUUGGACUCGAAAAUAAUGUUGGACACGAUAAUGUUGGACUCGAUAAUGUUGGACUCGAGAAUGUUGGACUCGAGAAUGUUGGACUCGAGAAUGUUGGACUUGAGAAUGUUGGACUCGAGAAUGUUGGACACGAGAAUGUUGGACACGAGAAUGUCGGACACGAGAGAAUAAAAUGUUGGACACUCGAGAAUGUUGGACUCGAGAAUGUUGGACUCGAGAAUGUUGGACUCGAGAAUGUUGGACACGAGAAUGUUGGACACGAGAAUGUUGGACAAAAGAAUGUUGGACACUCGAGAAUGUUGGACUCGAGAAUGUUGGACUCGAGAAUGUUGGACACUAGAAUGUUGGACACUAGAAUGUUGGACACGAGAAUGUUGGACACGAGAAUGUUGGACACGAGAAUGUUGGUCACGAGAAUGUUGGACUCGAGAAUGUUGGACACGAGAAUGCUAUGUUGGACUCGAGAAUGUUGGACUCGAGAACGUUGGACACGAGAAUGUUGGACACGAGAAUGUCGGACACAUGAGAAUGUUGGACACGAGAAUGUUGGACUCGAGAAUGUUGGACACGAUAAUGUUGGACUUGAGAAUGUUGGACUGGAGAAUGUUGGACUCGAGAAUGUUGGACUCGAGAAUGUUGGACUCGAGAAUGUUGGACACUCGAGAAUAAUGUUUGACUCGAGAAUGUUGGAAUCGAGAAUGUUGGACUCGAAAAUGUUGGACACGAGAAUGUUGGACACGAGAAUGUUGGACACGAGAAUAUUAGACACGAGAAUAUUGGACACUCGAGAAUGUUGGACACUCGAGAAUAUUGGACUCGAGAAUGUUGGACUCGAUAAUGUUGGACUCGAUAAUGUUGGACUCGAUAAUAUUGGACACGAGAAUGUUGGACAUGAGAAUGUUGGACUUGAGACUGUUGGACACGAGAAUGUUGGACUCGAAAAUGUUGGACUCGACAAUGUUGGACACCAGAAUGUUGGACUCUCGAGAAUGUUGGACACGAUAAUGUUGGACACGAUAAUGUUGGACUCGAUAAUGUUGGACUCGAGAAUGUUGGACUCGAGAAUGUUGGACUCGAGAAUGUUGGACUCGAGAAUGUUGGACUCGAGAAUGUUGGACUCGAGAAUGUUGGACACGAGAAUGUUGGACACGAGAGAAUGUUGGACACGAGAGAAUGUUGGACUCGAGAAUGUUGGACACGAGAAUGUUGGACACUCAAGAAUGUUGGACUUGAGAAUGUUGGACUGGAGAAUGUUGGACUCGAGAAUGUUGGACUCGAGAAUGUUGGACUCGAGAAUGUUGGACACUCGAGAAUGUUGGACACUCGAAAAUGUUAGACACGAGAAUGUUGAACACGAGAAUGUUGGACACGAGAAUGUUUGA